CAAGUUAGAAAGAUGUGUGCUAACGUCAAAGGCUGACAUUUAAAAAUUCCAAAACUAAAAAAAAUAAUUUUCGGAUUUUAUUGUCAUUAAAAAUAUUUAAAAGAGCCGGUCGGUCUAAAUUUUUGUUAAUUAAAAAAGAAAAACAAUAAUUUCUGCAUGUGCUUGGACUCUGUAGUAUGGACUUAUGCCUGCGUGGGUCGCAGAUUAAUCUAGUUGAACGUCAGAAACCUCGUCCCAAAUAUAGCUCUCAAACGAACUUAUAUCAACCGCCAAGCGGCAACAAUCCUAAUAACUACAACACACGCGCUCGACCGCGUUCGGCACAAUUCUUCACGAAACGCAGUCGCUCCUCACCAUUUCUCAAUCGUCCACAAUCGGCUGAGCUCAGUCAGUUUGGCGCUGGUGCCUGCAUUGGUGCUGUUGGUGGUGUUGGACGCAUUUCCGCUGGCAGUUGUGGUCAAUACCACGGACGUGGUGGCGAGUACGUGCCCGAUAAAUUGAACAAAACCCGGCGCUACCAGUCUAUUUCUUCAUCGAGUUUGUUGAAAUUGUUGCUCGACGAACCCAUAAAGCGUUCCUGGUUGUGUCGCGGUAGUGUCUCCUCACCAGAAACACAAUCUGAAGAGAGCAGCGCCAGGAAACAGACACCGGCAUAUUUGGAUUACAAUAAGCGAACUAGCACGGAAAUUACACGUAACGGUAGCGCAGAGAGCGGUUGCUACCGGAAAACGCACAAAGGCGGUAUAGAGAAUAAUAGAUUUACAAUGAGCGCCUCAACGUCGCGCCUAUCGAGCGGCAAUUCGGUUUCGAGUUUUUCGCGUGAAAAGUCGGCCGGUUCCACAGCAUCCACAUCUUCGCUACGUACCACAGACUAUUGGAAUACAAAUACUAUAACAACACAUACGUCAAUGCUGCAAAAGCAAGCCAAACCCGAUCUUCCGGGACGUGUGUCCUUCUCUAAGCCCAAUGCGGGUUUGCAAUACGAACCAGAACCGAGUCUUAGCGACUGCGAAAACGAUAUGCAACAGCCACAUGAAUUUUCAGCAACUACUAAAAAUUCUCCAAACAAUGCUUCCAUUUCGGAACCAGGACCUGUCACACUGCCUGCUGCAGUCAGCUUCAGUAGCAAACCCGAAUUCGCCGCGCCAACCUUAACGUGUGGUGAGCUCUCCACCUCGGCUGGUGCCAAGAAGUCUGUGCAUUUCGGCGCGCCUGCUGACGGUGAAGGUAUACUCGCCGAAACCUAUGAGUAUCCGAAAUGUCCAUCGGAGAAUUGUUCGUGUAGUACACGCAGUUCGUCGACAGCUAGUAGCACACAGGACAUUGGUGCAGAGAGCAAGUGUACUUGUGAUUCGCCGACUUGCAAAUUGAGCGCGGAUCGUAUGUUGCGACGUUCGAGUCUAACAGAUAUUGAUGAUAAAAUUGAUUUUACGCUAAAGAAUGAGCUGCAAAAGAAAAAUACAGUCCCAGAGGAAUUGCAGGUAAUACGUGACUACAAAAGUGUGGUCGGUGAUCAGCUGGAGAAUUCGGUGGUUAAACAGAUACUCGAAGAAGAUAAAACCAAGUUUGGUGGCUAUGACAACUCGAAUAAUACACUCGAAAUGCCCGCGUACUUGGAUAAGUAUGUGUCACCAACCAAAUCUAAUGUUUACUCAGACAAACCGAAUAAUUUGUCCGAAGCAAAACCGUCGACAAAUUUAAAAACUGGCGCCAAAAAGAAUCUAGUUGGUACCACUGCCAAUGAGUUCAACAAGAUGGACAAUAAUUUGGAGAAUAAUUUCAAGUCACAGGCUACAUAUACGCCCAGUGAUACUGUCAUCAAUAAUUAUUUAAAAGUUGCAGCCACCACGCCACUGAUUAUCAAGAAGAAGGAGAACAAUCGUCCGAAUUCCGGUGAGAAGCAAGUUCAAAACAGCGGAAACAAAUCGACAACAACAGCGCCGAAGAAUCAAGCAACGAAUAGUAAAAUUAAUGGUAAUGCCAAGUUGAAGAAAGCGACUAGCUUCAGCAGCUUACGUGAAGACUCCAAUUUGACCGAAUUCAAUAUUGACAAAGUCGAUAGCUGGAUGUCCAUGCAUGGCGAAAGCAUGAAUCAGCGUAAAACACUUUCGAAACACAAAUCUUUAGACGCCGACUUCGAGAAGUUUACAGGUGGUGAAUUGGAAGAAGACGGGCACAGAGAAGACAUUUUAGAUGAGCAUGCGGACAGCGCAUCGCAAGGGUCUACCAAGUCUGAUGGUGAAUCCACAUAUGACGAGAUCGUUUCGGUGAUUAAGGAGAUUGAUGAAGACAAGAAGAAGGAUAAUUAUGCAGAGCGAGCAGCUAAUGAGUUGGAGUUGAAGCUCAACACAACACCGGACAUGGUGACUUUGCCUGCGUCAAGUGGGGAGAAGACUGCUGAGACAAGCAAAUCGCCGGAUAAAUACAAAGACAUACUCAGCUACUUAGAUACUGUCGAAGAUAGCUGUGAUCGCACUUUGCUGGAGACGCGUCGCUCCAUACCUGAGUCUAAUCGUUCCGAAAUUGAAUUCGUUGUGGAACCCGAUAUAGCCGAAGAUGUACCGAAACUAGCCGAUCUACUCAUGCUGCCCAAUCAUCAGCUCGCACGUCGCGUUAUCGCUUUGAGUUUGCGCGCCAACGAACUCGCCAAUGCUGUUUAUCUCUCCAAAGAACAUGUGAUGAAAGUGCGUACGGAGAAACAAAAGGGUAUACGUACUGAGAAAGCGAAUUCUGCAAAUCGCUUGCGCGAACAGAAGAAACAUUACGAGGCGAUUGUAAAGCGACAUCAGGGCUUCAUAGAGCAGUUACUCAAAGACAAGGGCUCACUUUGUGAGAAAGUCGCUGCACUGACGCGUCGCUUGGAGAGCCAAAAUCAAGCUUGGGAACACAAGUUAGAAACAGAGGUUGCGCGCGUCAAGGAAACAACAUUGGCGGGCGAGAAGAUCAGACGUGAGCGUUGGGUACGCGAGAAUACGAAGAAGAUUAAGGAACUCACCGUGAAAGGUUUAGAGGCUGAGAUUAAUAAGAUGACUUGUAAUCAUCAACGUGUAACGACCGAGCUCAAGCAGGCACAUCAACAGCAAUUAUUGGAUGCGCUUGAAGAGGCGCGCCUCAAACACGAACAGAUUGAGAAUUCAAUACGCGAGUCCUGUGCACAAGAUCGUGAAUCAAUUAUUGAGAAGGAACGCCUAGCAAUACGCGAAAGAUUCGAGCGCCAGCUAGAAGAGGAGCGCAAAUGUUUCGAUGAGCAGCGUCAAAAGCUCGUAGAAGACUUCAAUGCCGAACGUACACGCCUACAGAACGAGCUAAAGAUGAAAGAUGCCGACUUCCAGGCGCGUAGACAGGAGCUACAACGCGAGAAGGAGCUUGAGUUAGAGCAAACGGUCGCCGAGUUGCAGGAGAAAAUGUUCAAACAGGAAGAGAAGUAUCAGAAUCGCAUCAACACUAUUGAGAAACAGUACGAAGCCGAUUUCGAGCUUUGGAAGCGGGACUAUGAGAACGAAUGCAAGGUGUCACAAGUUGAGAAGGAGAAUACCAUUAGGCAACAUUAUCGUGCCGAACGUGAUCGGCAAAUCGAUGCUAUUGUCAGUCGUAUGGAUGCGGAGGCACUCAAGCAUGCCGAUGAGCAUGAGGCCAAAUUGAACCGUUUGAAGGAGAAGUAUGAAAAGGAUUUGCAGUUGGUUGAGAAUGCCGAACGUUCGCUGCGUGAGAAAUUCACAGAUACACGCAGUUCUUUAGCGGAGGCCGAUGCGAAGGUGCGGAACUCCGAAGCGGAGAUCAAGCAGUUGAAAAUGGAGUUGGAACAUAGUAAGAAGAUGUGCAACGACUUCUUAGCCGAUCGUGAUCAACUUCGUGAUAAUUUACGCAAUGAAAUACAAAGUGAAGUCGCGGUGAUCAAAUCGGAGCGCGAUAACGAAAUUCAAAAGAUACACAAGAGGGUACAACAAGCGAUCGAAAAGAAGGAUGCCACCAUUGAUUUGAUGCAGAAAGAAAAUGGCAGUCUGCGUGAACGUUGUCUCAAGCUGGAGGCGGUCAUCAGACAACAACGCAAAGAUUAUUGUGUGAAGUAAGGGCGUACAAGUGUAAGCGGGAGGAUUUUUAUGGAAAUUUAUUAUAUACAAACCAACGGCAGCUUACUGAAGUAAUUGAGUGUUAUUAAAUGUGUGAAAAGGAAACGAAGAGAGAUUUUAUAUAGAAGUGAAAUUAAAAAUUAUCAAUGAAAGGUAUCAAAAUUUCUUACUAAUAUUAACUUUUCAAUUAUUUUACAAUUUUUUUUUUUUUAAUUGUUUAACUUUAUGUAAUUUUGAAUACACUGGUUAAUUAUAUAGUGAAUUAAAUUAAAUUAAUUAAUUCUGCUAAAUGUUCCUUACUACUUAACAUACUUUUAAUUACAACAACGUAUUGUAAUCUAUCCAGUUAACUCGAAUUUGAUUUUUUUUU